AUGUCACCGUCCUCCUCCCUAAAUACGUUACAGGACUCGAGCGAGUCCGCAACGACUAGUAGUACACCACUGACCACUUCGUCGCCAACAUUUCCACCUACCCAUUCGACAACGACGGACCUGAAUGACGAAGUCGACUCAUUGUAUCACAAAAUAUUCGCUGACCGAGGUCCGAAUAAAAGAAAAAUCAAAAUGAAGGCAAUCGACCAGAUUGCUUUAGAUGCCACAGCAGACGACGACUCCGAGUAUCAAGCUAGCGAAAAAGAAACCGAGCAAUACGACACCGAUUCGGCGACAAUUGUCAGCGGCAACAAUUCGGGUCAGGACGUCGAGGUUGAUAUCGAAACAGAAACCGAAACCGCUUCGAGGGCUAAAGUGCGGGGGUCGAACGAUUCUGAAACUAUCGAUCCCGAAGACACCGAUGUCUUGGUGAAGAAUUUUUUGAAAAAAUGGAAACUCGAGGAUCCUGGAAUAUGUUGCAUCUGUCUCGAGGGUGCAACUACGGAAAGCAACAUGUUGGUGUAUUGUGAUGGAGAUGAAUGCGAAGUAGUGUGUCAUCAAGAAUGCUACGGAAUAAUUAACCUGCCUGGUUCCGACGAGCCGUGGUAUUGUGAUCGUUGCUUGGCUUCCGCACCAGAAAGUGUGUCAUGUAUACUCUGUCCAAAUAAAAAUGGUGCAUUUCGUCGGCUUAAAGAGGGCGAGAGAUCUGGUGGAUGGGUUCACAUUGUGUGUGCUCUGUGGAUGCCAGGCAUGUGGGUCGGCAACAAUAUUGAAAUCACUAACAUCACAAUCGAGAAUGUCGACCAAAAAAAUUGGUCAAAGAUUUGCUCCGUGUGUCCAACCGAGAUAGCAAGUGAAGGCGCAACGAUACAUUGUGAUGCAGGGGGAUGCAAAAAUUUCUUGCAUGUUACGUGCGCACACUCGAUGACUUUACUUGAAUGCAUAGACGAUGAUCCAAACAUAUCGGAUCCGUAUUUUGUGUAUUGCCAGAGUCACGGAUCACAUGGUCCCGCUAAACUAAAUGACUGGGAAAAAUGGUAUCGACGUCGAGACAAGUUUCUCGAGAAAAUAAGAAGCAAGGAGAACUUCUCGCGUGCACAAAAAAUGGCAAGCGUAGAUGAUGAUUUUGGCGCGAGCUUACGCGAAUUAUUUGAAGACAAGUAUGUGGGAUAUCGAAAACGUCGUGAAACGCGAAUCGCUUCGAGUAGGCGAAGAGUCGCCGAAGCUACCUCGGUCGUCAACAUUCUAAAGGAGCAAAAAGAAAAAGCGAAAUCCGCCGAGUCUGAACAUGAUGCAAAAAUCGAGGAAGCGCGAAAAGAACAAGAGGCUCUUCAAAAUUAUCUCAGUUCGGUACGAGAAAGUCUGCAGCUUUGUUCACGAUUAAUCUAUGCUUUUCCGAUGCAAUUGAAUUGGGCCGAAAGCAAUGCCAAUCGAGAACGGGACACGGUAGAUCAAUUCAACGAUCUUUUAUCGCGACCCGUAGUUUGGGAACCUAAAGCCGCGAUCAUUGCCAGAAGCAUUGAUGUUGAGAAUCUAGACACUAGUUCCAUGACCCCGAUAGGAGUCAAACCUCUAGUGGUUCCUCAGACUACUACUCCUAGAAGGAGGGGAAGACAAUCAACGGGUAGACGGACGAGAAAGGUUGGUCGUAGAUCGAAAAAAGUCGCGGAUGAAAAGUCUGCGAAUGUCGUCACGCCUGAACCAAAGACAUCGUCGGAUGUUGGAUCUUCUACAAAACCACCCCCUAAAAAGAAAGGGCGUAAAUCUAAAAAACAAAAAGAACUGGAAGAGCAACAGAGAAAAUUAGAGGAAGAACAACAACUUCUCGAAGAGCAGCAGCAAGCCGAGGAAGCACAGAAUGAUGACGAAGAACAAUCUCAAGAGCAUGAGAACAUGGAAUUCGAGGAAGAUCAUAGCGAUGACAAAGAAGAAACAUCCGCGACGAAGGAUUCUGAUACCAUUGAAAUCAAUCGUGAAAACGAAAACAUGGACAUAGACAUGGAGGAGACGAUUGAAAUUAAUCAUGAAACCGAAAAGGCUGGGGAGAGUGAAUUCGUAUUUCAACGGAUCGUUUUUGAAAAUCACAGAUUAGUGCUGAAAGAUCAACGUGAAAAUGAAUAUCAAAAAUCGCAGCAACAGAAACAGCAACAAAAUCUAUACGAAAAUUCCCAUAAUAACAGCCAUAUGUACCAUAAUAACCACCAUGUUUCUUCAAUUUCAUCACCAUAUUCAUAUAAUAACAAUAGCUACAAAAGCAACAAUCAAAAUCGUUAUAACUCUCCGCCAGCUCGUUCUGCUCCAGUUUCUCCAUCCUCACGACCAUUUGCAUAUAGUAAUCAAAUUCCCUACCACAUUUCACCGUCUCCGCCGCCCCCUCACACUCCGGUAGCAAAUUCAGUGGCAAGCUCAGUGACACCAACAUCAGCUACAUCAACAGCAGCUACGUCAACAGCAGCUACAUCAACAGCAGCUACGCCCGCAACAUCAACAAGAACAGCAACAACUUCGACCCAGCAUGUAAAACGCAAAUUUGAUACAGUGACACGAGAACAAACUUCUAGUGCUUCCGAUAAUGAACUUAGUGACGCGGAAGAGACUAAUGAGGUUAUUGAGGUAGAAAGACCCCAGAAAAUGAUUAAAAGAGGCAGACGAAUUACUAAAGUUGGCAGACCCUUAAAAAAUAGAAAACUUAUAGGACGGCCAACAAAAAAACCACAACAGAAACCGAUAAAGGUAAAACUGCCUCAACCAAUUUGUACAGUCUGCGAUAAAAUUGAACCCCCAUUAAAUGACCAAGCUCCCGAGUCGUAUGUCACACCUACUAAAUCGCGAGCCAAAAGCAUCUUGAAUGGUCGAGAUAAAGUACACCGUAUGAUUCGCUGCGGAUUUUGCGAAAAAUGGUUCCAUUUGGCUUGUAUCAACCCCCCGAGAAAGACUAUGCCAUCACCAGGAUUCGUAUGGCAAUGUGAAGAAUGCGAUACUCAAUUGCAUUAA